UGAUAUCACAUAGAGAAGGACAGACACAGGGUUACAACGUCGGUGGACAUUUAACCGAGAGUGGAGAAGCUCUUUUUACCGAUGAAGACGAAUAUGGAUUUACCCAUUUUACUCUGUUUUUAGAACUGUGAAGAACCAUAGAUAUCCUUCCAUCGCGGAACAUAACACGUUUUAUUGCAUUUUGAGAGGAAAAUGUCGGGCAGAACAAUGAGACUUCAAGUACUGUUGUUUUAUUUGGUCUUUCGUCUCAGUUCAGUGCUCGGGCAGGUCAGCUACUCCAUCCCCGAGGAAAUGCCGAGUGGCUCUUUAGUCGGUGCUAUUGCUCAGGAUUUGGGAUUAGAUGUAAAACGACUGAAAUCCGGUCAAGCUCGCGUUUUUACAGGAGACAGUGCGGGAUACAUCGAGCUGAACAAAGACCGAGGAGUCCUUAUUAUCAAAGACAGGAUCAACAGAGAGACGACAUGCAGACAGACUACGCCUUGUGCUUUGCAUUUUCAGAUAAUUUUGGAGAACCCCAUGGAGUUCUACAGUAUCACAGUCGAGAUUACAGACAUAAAUGAUAAUCCUCCCACCUUUGAAAAAAAUGAAGUCAGUUUUAAAAUCAGCGAAUCUGCUGUAAUUGGAUCAAAGUUUGUAUUAGACAGAGCAAUUGAUCUUGAUGUUGGCAAAAAUGGUCUUCAGAAAUACGAACUUAAGCCCGCCGAUAAUUUUGUACUAAAACGUGAAAGUCAAGCUGAUGGAACAGAAAAAGUGGAAAUGAUUUUGCAGAAGCCCCUCGACAGAGAGAAGGACGAAUUGAUAUCUUUAGUUUUAACAGCGUUCGAUGGAGGAGACCCGCAAAUGUCAGGAACAAUUCGGAUUUUGAUAACGGUAUUAGAUGUCAAUGAUAAUGCUCCUAUUUUUACACAGUCCACCUACACUGCCACUGUUUUUGAAAACGCUCCUGUAGGGACAGUUGUCACCGGGGUUACUGCGUCAGAUGCAGAUCAUGGGACGAAUGGUAAAAUAAGAUAUUCAAUUGCAAACAGUUUACAUCAAGCCCAUUCAUUGUUUCAGAUCAACGAAGACAGUGGUGAAAUUAGAUUGACUGGAAAUAUUGAUUUUGAAAAUGCACGGAAUUACCAUAUUAAUAUACGUGCAAGUGAUGAUGGUGGACUUACAGAUUCGUGUAAAGUCAUAGUUGAAGUGGUGGAUAUAAACGACAAUAAACCAACAAUUAAUAUAAUGUCAAAAUCAAACAUGAUAUCUGAAAACUCAAAACCGAGCACAGUUGUAGCAAUGAUGAACGUCCAAGACCCAGAUUCCAAUGAAAACGGUAAAGUUAGCUGUUUUAUCAACGAUAAUACCCCUCUGACUAUAAUGUUGACAUCAAACAAUUUCUAUAGUUUAAUGACAGAUAGUGAUCUGGAUAGGGAGACAGCCUCUCAGUAUAAUAUAACAGUGACCUGCUCAGAUGAGGGAGUGCCCUCCCUCUCCAGCAGCAUCACUCUCACCUUACAGAUCUCUGAUGUGAAUGAUAACGCGCCUGUCUUUGAGAGCAGCUCAUAUGAGGCCUACAUUGUAGAAAACAACACACCAGGCCUCUCUGUAUUCACAGUGAGAGCCAGAGACGCUGACUGGAACCAGAAUGCCCGUGUUUCUUACAUCCUGGAGGACUCCUCUGUUAACGGAGUGCCAGUCUCCUCAUAUGUGUCUGUUAGUGCUGAUAGUGGAGUCAUCCAUGCAGUGCGCUCUUUUGACUACGAGCAGAUCAAAGACUUCCACUUCCGGGUCAAAGCUCAGGACGGAGGCUCUCCUCCACUGAGUAGCAAUGUGACUGUGAAAAUACUGAUCCAGGACCAGAACGACAACCCUCCUCAGGUCCUGUACCCAGUCCAGACUGGUGGCUCUCUGGUGGCUGAGAUGGUGCCUCGUUCAGCAGAUGUGGGCUAUCUGGUCACUAAAGUGGUGGCUGUUGAUGUGGACUCUGGACAGAAUGCCUGGCUCUCCUAUAAACUGCAGAAAGCCACAGACAGGGCGCUGUUUGAAGUGGGCUUACAGAAUGGAGAAAUAAGGACUAUCCGCCAGGUGACUGAUAAAGAUGCUGUGAAACAAAGACUGACUGUUAUAGUGGAGGACAACGGGCAGCCCUCUCGUUCAGCUACAGUCAUUGUUAACGUGGUGGUGGCUGACAGCUUCCCGGAAGUGCUGUCUGAGUUCACUGACUUUACACAGGACAAAGAGUACAAUGACAACCUGACUUUUUACUUAGUGCUGGCUCUGGCUGUAGUGUCCUUCCUCUUCAUCACGUGUUUGGUGGUUAUUAUAUCAGUGAAGAUCUACAGGUGGAGACAGUCUCGCAUCAUGUUUCACUCCAAUCUCCCUGUGAUUCCUUAUUAUCCUCCACGUUACUCAGACACUUUGGGGACAGGGACUCUCCAACACGUGUACAACUACGAGGUGUGCAGGACGACUGACUCCAGAAAGAGUGACUGUAAGUUCGGCGGAGCCGGUAGUCAGAACGUGCUGAUAAUGGACCCCAGUUCUACAGGGACGAUGCAGCGGAUACAGAGUGAAAAGAGCAUCCUGGAUGAACCAGACUCUCCUUUAGAGGUUGGUAAUUCAGGGUUAUUUUAGUUACAAUAUUUUCACAUGUUCUAUGUCGAUGAAACAUUUGUUGUCAGACGCAAUGCAUCAGUAUUUUUGCAAUCAGCACCAUGGACAGGGGAAUUAAUCGUACCCUGGCCUUUUUUCCUGUUUAUUGUCGUGUGAAUUUCCUUAUUGCGUUUCCAAUAGUGAGUCUUUUUGUCAUCUAUGUAUGGGGGUUAUUUAGAGCAGCGGUUCUCAAAAUGUGGUCCGCGGACCACUGGUGGUCCGCGAGGGUACUGCAGGUGGUCAGUGGAAAAAGCUAAAUAAAAUCCACUUUUUAUUAUCAAGGAUUUUCUGGGACCACCUCAUAUGUGACCUGCUCUAUCGAAAUCAGUCGCAUUGACCCGAAGAGUGCGAGUGAGAGGUGCCUGUCAUCUUCCCUUCACAAGCUUCAAAAAUGUAUUUAUCGUGUGAUUUUGGAAAUACAAGUUUCAUAUUCUGAAAGCCAAGACUUUUUUUUAUUUAAAAUCUAGCAAAACACCCGAACCCCGAAAAACUAUUUGUUUACGCAAAUCCACGUUUAUUUUUUAAAUGAUCCGUUGCGACUUCCGACUGAUUAUUUCCUUAUUGUACACGUUUAUAUUAAUGUAUUUUAUAUUCAGUGUUCUCUGAUUUUAUGCUACAGGUCGGCUGUGAUUUUAUUAAGUUCCUUUGAUAUUGUAAACGUUGUGUUAUGCGUCUCUUUCCUGCAAUAUCGGAUG